CCGAUACUGCCGAACUUCUACUUCUCAGCCUACUUGGCGGGGUUGCGAUGAGUCUCAAAGGCCUUCAGAAGGGCUUUGCCAGAGCUCCGCAGACCUUCAAACAGAAAUUCAACCUUGGAGAGAACACCAAAGACCCUGUCUAUAUUGAUGCGGAAAGAAGAUUUCAGGAGUUGGAGAAAGAGACGAAGAAACUGCAUGAUGAGUCCAAGAAAUACUUUGAUGCAAUCAAUGGCAUGCUAAACCACCAGAUUGAAUUUUCAAAAGCGGUUGCGGAGCUAUACAAACCUAUUUCCGGUAGAGUAUCAGAUCCUGACGCCGCAAAACCGGAAGGGAACCCGGAGGGUAUUCAGGCAUGCGAAGAAUACGAAUCGAUUGUGCGAGAUUUACAAGAGACUCUGCAGCCAGAACUGGAGCUGAUUGAGUCUCGCAUCAUCAGCCCUGCGGACCAGCUUUUGGAGAUUAUCAAGGUGAUCCAAAAGGUCGCGGUCAAGCGUGAACACAAACAGCUCGAUUACGACCGACACCGCGCCUCCCUAAAGAGACUACAAGAUAAAAAGGAAAAAUCCCUCAAGGAUGAGAAAGCAAUGUACAAGGCUGAGAACGAUGUGGAAGCAGCAACACAAGAAUUUAAUUAUUACAAUGACCUGUUAAAGGACGAACUGCCGAAGCUUUUCAAGCUAGAAGCUGAGUUCAUCCAGCCGCUUUUCCAGUCCUUUUAUUACAUGCAGCUGAACGUAUUCUAUACUCUCCACGAUAAAAUGCAGGGCCUGAAUAUUGGAUAUUUCGACUUAACGUCAGAUGUUGAAGAGGCGUAUGAAAGGAAACGUGGAGAUGUGAAGGAACGAACAGAAGCCUUAAGCAUUGUCCAUUUCAAAACAACGGCCGGUCGCCGUCCGGGCUCCAAGUUUACUCCAAAGGAUAAGCUUGCGGCUGAAUCAAAAUACCCGUCUCGACGUACAGCCAAUGCUUCCUCUGAUCAGGCUCCCCCACCCCCUUAUUCUGCUCAUACCGCUUCAACCCUUAUUGGUCGUGCAAACAGCACAAGUCCUGCCUCCCUCGCAGCUGCCGCAAAGUCAAAACCUGCUCCUCCACCGCCAAAGCCUAAGCCAGCGAAAUUCAGUGCUGCACCGGUUGAGACUGCGACUGCUCUUUAUGAUUAUGAAGCCCAAGCUGUGGGUGACUUGAGCUUUACUACGGGCGAUGUUAUAGAAAUAACGCACCGAACAGCUAAUACUAAUGAAUGGUGGUCUGGAAAAGUAGACGGGAAGUCUGGACAGUUUCCAGCGAAUUAUGUCAAAUUAAAUGCUUAA